AUGCAGUUUAAGGAUAUUGCAGUUAAGCUUUAUUACAAAGCUGUUCAUUUUUACUUGCAAGAGCAACCAUAUCUUAUCAACGAUUUUCUUAAUGUACUUGCUCUUCGCGUUGACCAUACCCGUGUCGUCGACAUCAUGCGAAAGACAGGGUGCCUUCCACUUGUGAAACUGUAUAUGGUUGCAAUUCAGAGCAACAAUGUGUGGAGGAGGAAGACUAUGAAAGGCUGGGAGUCUAUUGACUUACACGAUAACUUUGACGAGAUUGGCCUUGCACAGAAGGAGCAAUCCUUUCGCAUGAUGUCGACGACACGUGUAUGGUCAACGCGAAGAGCAAGGAAAGCAAACAGCUCAAAGACAUGGAAGGAGGUUUGUUUCGCAUGUGUGGAUGCUGAUGAGUUUCGGUUGGCUCAGAUAUGCGGGCUCCACAUUAUCGUCCAGGUGGAUGAUUUAGAAGAAGUGAGCGAGUUCUACCAAAACGGAGGAUGCUUCAACGAGCCGAUCUCUCUGAUGGAAAGUGGUCUAGGGUUGGAACGGGCCCACAUGGGAAUUUUCACCGAGAUGGGUGUUCUUUACGCGAGAUACCGUCAUGAAAAGCUUCUUGAGCAUAUUAAGUUGUUUUCAACACGGCUUAAUAUUCCGAAGCUGAUUAGGGCUUAUGAUGAGCAACAACACUGGAAGGAGCUUACUUAUUUGUAUAUUCAGUAUGAUGAGUUUGAUAACGCUGCAUCGACUGUGAUGAAUCAUUUUCCAGAUGCGUGGGACCACAUGCAGUUUAAGGAUAUUGCAGUUAAAGUGGAGAAUGUUGAGCUUUAUUACAAAGCUGUUCAUUUUUACUUGCAAGAGCAUCCGGAUCUUAUCAACGAUGUUCUUAAUGUACUUGCUCUUCGUGUUGACCAUACCCGUGUCGUCGACAUCAUGCGAAAGGCAAGGUACCUUCCACUUGUGAACCCGUAUAUGGUUGCAGUUCAGAGCAACAACGUGUCUGCUGUAAACGUGGCAUUGAACGAGAUAUAUGUGGAAGAGGAAGACUAUGAUAGGCUGCGUGAGUUUAUUGACUUGCACGCCAUGGAGACCGCCGCAGUCCGACGACCGUGA